GAUUAUUAUUUAACUAAGAAACUAAAACCAGUUUGUUCAUUCCAGCGAGAGAAAUCCAACUGAAAACCUCGAAACAAACUUACUCAGGUGAAAAACCUUAAAACUCAAACUUAUCCAACUGAAAACUUCUGAUUCAACUAUUCAAAAGACAUGGAUGUGAAGAAGAUUAUAAGCAACAUUGUGGAUGGGGACUUUAAAGAUGUCGAACGACUUAUCAAAGAAAAUCCUGGAACAGUCAACCAAAUAAACUCACACAGUCAAACUUUCUUAAUGGCAGCUUGUGAACAGGGCAGCACAAGUCUCAUAGCCUUCUUGAUAGAAUCUGGAGCCAAUAUGGACAUGAGUGACAAAGAAGGUCUGACAGCAUUACAUUAUGCUGUGAAAAGUCGUAAAAUUGAUGCUGUGGCCUCCUUAGUUUCCAGGGGAGCAAAUGUUAAUAAGCAGGACUCAUGGGGCUACACACCUCUACAUCGGGCUGUGAGGAAGAACUAUGAAGAUGUAGUCAAAGUCCUUUUAAGUAGCAAAGGAAAUAACAUUUUACAGGUCACUCAGCGAAAUAAUGAUGGUGGGACACCUCUACAUCUUGCCUCACUUCAUGGACACACAGACACAGCUAAACUUCUCCUACAACAAAAUGGCACUGAUGUGAGGGUGGUGGACAAAUAUGGUUGCACACCUCUACAUCUUGCCUCACUUCAUGGACACACAGACACAGCUAAACUUCUCCUACAACAGAAUGGCACUGAUGUGAGGUUGGUGGACAAAUAUGGUCGGACACCUCUACAUCUUGCCUCACUUUAUGGACACACAGACACAGCUAAACUUCUCCUACAACAGAAUGGCACUGAUGUGAUGUUGGUGGACAAAUAUGGUCGGACACCUCUACAUCUUGCCUCACUUUAUGGACACACAGACACAGCUAAACUUCUCCUACAACAGAAUGGCACUGAUGUGAGGGUGGUGGACAACGAUGGUUGUACACCUCUACAUCAUGCCUCAUUUCAUGGACACACAGACACAGCUAAACUUCUCCUACAACAAAAUGGCACUGAUGUGAGGGUGGUGACCAAAUAUGGUCGGACACCUCUACAUCUUGCCUGUUGGGAUGGACACACAGACACAGCUAAACUUCUCCUACAACAAAAUGGCACUGAUGUGAGGGUGGUGACCAAAUAUGGUCGGACACCUCUACAUCUUGCCUGUUGGGAUGGACACACAGACACAGCUAAACUUCUCCUACAACAAAAUGGCAUCGAUGCCAAUAAACUGGACAAACAUGGUGACACUCCCCUCCAUCUGGCAGUUCAAAAGCAACACUAUGGUGUGGUAUCGUUGAUGCUGGCCCAGGAUUCAGUGAAACUGGAUAUUGGGAAUCAUAACAAAAUGACACCAUUGCUGGAAGCCGUGUCCAGGACCCACCUCGGAAUAAUCCAUAAAUUUAUUAUACAUGGUGCAAAUAUGAAUGCUGUCGACAAUGAUGGCAAUAAUUGUUUGCACCUCUCCAUAAUAAAGAAAGAGAUAUUCCAUUCUGAGGUGGAACCCAUUCCCAUUUUAGAUGAGUGCUGCAAAGAGCUCCAACUGGACAUGGAUAGGAGGCUCUCUGGAAUAGUAGUUUUGAGUUAUCUUGCCAGCCAAGGAGCCAGCUUAUACCAUCGUAAUGAUAAGAAAGUGACCCCAUUGGACUGCAUAGAAAAUCAACAUUUGAAAGAAAAAUUAAAAACAUUUUUACAAUCACUGUGUCGGUGGUGUCAAGAGAAAAAGGCUACUGUCACACUCCAUCCAUGUCAACAUACUGUUAUUUGUCAGAAUUGCUGUUCUCAACUGGCAUUUAAGCAAUGCCCCAUAUGUCGACAACACAUACUCCGGAAAAGUGGAUUUGUGUGUCCAAAGUCUGAAGAAGAAGCAACCCAGGCAGUUGCAGAGUCUGUUGAGUGUCCAAGGUGUAGAGAAAAAGCAGUCAAGACGGUUGUAGAAUCUAUUGAGUGUCCAAGGUGUAGAGAAAAAGCAGCCCAGGCAGUUGCAGAGUCUGUUGUGUAUCCAAGGUGUAGAGAAAAAACAGUCAAGACGGUUGUAGAAUCUUUUGAGAGUUUAAAUUUGGAGGAAAACCGCUCCCAUAGCACAUCGAAGAAGGUGGAAGUUAAGCAACAGAAAGUUGAAACUCCAAAGUUAGAGGAGAAGUGUCUCCAAGAUGUUGCAAAACUGUUAGGAGUCAACUGGCAGCAAGUUGGCAGGAAUUUAGGAAUCAGAAAUGUCGAUCUGGGGAUUAUCAGGUAUGACUAUCCUUAUAACACUAAAGAGCAGAGCUUCCAGAUGCUGCACACAUGGUACACAAGUUGUGAUCCAGAGAUGCGAACACUCAAAACACUCAGAAAAGCUCUUAAGGAAGCUGAAUGCUUUGAGGCACUUCAAUGUCUACCUUCAGAAGAAAAGUGAACUUGUGUGUAAAUGCUGCAAUUGUUUAGUCCAAGGUCAACCUUGACUAAACAGAGACUCCUGAUCAAAUGCCUUCCAGCCAGGACCCUCCUGACUUUAUCCUUAGUGUAGGGAACCCAGAAUCACAUUGUCCAAUAUGAUAAUUGAAUUGAGAGGGAUUUGGCUACUAAUUCUAGCAAAUCUAUCAACAACAUAAGAGAUUCCCUUCCUGAAUUGGUCCCUAUCUUCUUAGAAAUUAACUUUUGAAAUAAAGAUAAACUUUGAAAUGUU